AUGGUGCUACCCGCUCUGCCACUUCAUCGUCAUCAAUCGUCUUUAGAGGGUAUCAUAGACUUCUCAUCGCGAGAACCCUUCUCUGAGUCUCUCCGCGCCUCUGCGAUUCGUCGGUUUUAUCAAGUCAUCGAACAUUUUGACGAUAAUGACCUUAAACGAGGUCAAGGCCAAUACGAUAGAGUGAAGCUUGUUCGCUUCACUUACGAAUAUUCCACUAGUCAAACGUCUAAAGACAAUGUUUUAAUCGCUGUCUUUGAGUUUUUGAAGCUAUCAAUUUUAUCUAAAGAGGAUAUCGACCUUGAAGAUGCCACGAACCGAGGCGAACUGAAGACCCGCUUGUAUGGAUUUGCUGACUAUCUGGUCGAUAAUUUCUUUCUCCCACUCAAAGCAUCAACCAAAAAGACACCACAACCAACACCAGCAUCUCACUCAGCUGUCAUGAAAACCCAACGCCAGGACCAUGUCUUUUCUGGGACGCCAGAGCGCUUAGCCAGCCUAAGAGGUGCCUGCCUUAUACGAGACCGGUAUCGCUGUGUUAUUUCGCGCAAGUUCGACAGAACUGAAGCUUUAAAGCGCUUCCAGCAACAUGGCGAAACUAAGGCUGUUGACCAAGACGGCGUUCCCUUGGCUGAUCCCGGGCAAAGGUUCGACUAUCUGGAGGUCGCGCACAUUCUUCCGCACUCUCUCACUCAGCUCAACUCUUCCAAAGAGCUGGUAAGAUUUCUAAACCCCACAAUCUUGCUCCCGCUGACUGCAAUAGAACUCUUCAAAAGUAGCGGCACUGGCGAUACUUAA